AUGCCUGCUGUUGGUACACCAGCUCGUUGGCAGCUAGGCGAUUCCCACAACUUGGACUUCGAGGUUUCCUUGAUGCAGCAUCUCUACAAGCGUAUGACUAUGCUAGUCCCGGAUGCUAACAGUUGUGACAAGAUCUCCAACAGAGCUCUAGGUGCACCCUUUAUUAUGAUGAAGCGCCUACCUAGCGUUCCAUCCCACGAUAUCUGGUAUGAAGAUGGACGUCGAAACCAUCUCUCGGCUAGCCGCAUCUCACCAGAGACAGAGGUAAAGCAGGUUAAUAUGCUCCGCUCACUUGCUAAAUUCAUGGCACAGCUACAAUUUCUAGAAUUCAAUUGCCUUGGUAUUCCGAUCUUCAACAACGGUGCAGUUCUUAUCCAUUCCCAAUCUGUUUCACCUCCGCAACAUAACUCGAUGAUCCCUACGUCAUGGACUGUGUUGACAUCACGACUUCCACAAAACGUGCACAAAAUGCCCGCACCCCUAACCAUAGUCGUCACCGGCUCCAACCGCGGAAUCGGCCAAGGAAUAAUCCACCUCCUCUCCAAAACCCAACACCCACGCCCUCUUACCAUAUACGCCACAUCCCGCAGCGGCACCGCCCUGUCCAUCUCGGCCAUCCCCCCCAACGAAAUCCACUAUGCUAAACUAGACAUCACCUCCAUCGCCUCUAUCAAUGCCUUCCUACGAACCACGCUGCCGGAAACCGGGAAAAUCGACGUCCUCAUCAACAACGCGGGCAUAAACAACAACAAAAAUGAAACCGCCGACACAGCCGCCCAAACAAUUGAUGUAAACUACCACAGUACGAAAACUAUAUGCAAAAUUUUCCUCCACGAGGGAAAGAUGAAGGACACACAAGGCGCACGCAUCGUAAACGUUAGUAGUACAGCAUCGGCUCUCUCAAAUUAUCCUGCAUCUACGCAAUCGCGCUUUCACUCAGUCAAGACGGUUUCAGAUAUUAACGUUUUAGCCGACAAAUAUGUCAGCUCUGUUAGAUCUAACAGUCAGGAAGCUGCUGGCUUUGGAGCGCCGCCGAAAUCUUAUCAGGUUAGCAAGGCACUUGUGAAUGCGCUUACUGUGGUGCUGGCGAGGGAGAACGAGGAGGCCGCCGAAGACGUUGGAGGAGGGGGCGAGGAUUCCGGUUAG